AUGAUGCACACAGUUAGAAUAUUCUCCAACACAACUGGCCUUGUUGUAAAUCCUCAAAAAUGCAAGUUAUUUUAUGGGGGUCUCCAAGACAAUGCAAUUACUGCUAUCAGGAAUACCACAUGUUUUGAGCUUGGACAAUUGCCUGUGAAAUAUUUGGGAGUGCCACUGACUUCUAAGAAGCUUAGUAUCAGCCAUUACUUGCCACUAAUAGAAAAGAUUCUUGAUAGGGUGAGGCACUGGUCCACUAGACUCCUCAGUUAUGCAGGGAGGUCUCAACUCAUACAAAGUGUAUCUAAUGCCAUAGCUCUAUAUUGGUUACAGUGUUUUCCAAUCCCAAAGUUUGUCUUGCAUAAAAUUGAAUCUAUUUGUCCAAGCUUUCUUUGGAGAGGGAAGGAUGUGCAUAGCAAGAAGAGCCCGAUAGCUUGGAAAACUAGAAAGGCUGAUAAUCUUUGGGUACAUUGGAUCCAUGCCUAUUAUCUGAAAGGCCAAUCUUUAAUGGAACUGAUGCCUAAUACUACCUGGUCCUGGAUGUUUGUUAGUAUCAUGAAGCAGCGUGGCUCUGUUCCUCAUAAUCUAUGGAAUACUAUGACUCAGGAGCUGAAAUUUCCCAUGAAAAGAGUGUAUGCCCAUCUGUUGAAUGCUGAAAGAACCAAUUGGAGUUAUCUAUUGUGCUCAAAUCCAGCUAGACCUCGUGCAACCUUAUGUCUAUGGAUGCAAUGUCAUGGGAGGCUGCCUACAAAAGAUAGAACGAUCCGGUUUGGCUUUAUUCAGGAUAAUGUGUGCAGCAUGUGUAGACAGGAUGUUGAAACUAAGGAGCAUGUGUUCUUUGAAUGCAGUUUUCCCAGGAGUAUUUGGUGUACUAUUCUGGAAUGGAUUGGCAUUAAGCACACCCCUGUGAUUUGGCUAGAUGAAUUGAGGUGGGUUAUUGCUAACUCUAAUAAGAAGGGAUGGAGAGCCAAGAUCCUAAAGCUAGCUUUUGCUGAGGUGAUUUAUGGGAUAUGGUCCCAUCGCAACAACCUUAUAUUUGGUACAGAUUCUACUGCCACUCUCCAGACUAUCAUAGAUUGCAUAGUCCAUAGGAGUUGGAUAGAUAAAAGCAUUAGAAACCAUAUAGCUGAACUACUAUUAUGA